AGGUUGUUUUGGUCGUUGACGGAAAUUUGGCGUGUUUGGAGUUAUUGUUGACAAUGAGGACCGUGAGUCAAAUUUCGCGUGGUUGCUUGGUUGUUCUUGAAGGGGGAGAUUAUGCGGGGAAAACUACACAAGCUACACUGUUGGUUAAGCGGUUACAAGAAGCCGGUCAUCCGGCAAAAUUUUUGCGAUUCCCUGACAGGACCACACCAAUAGGACAUAUACUUGACGGCUACUUGAAACAAUCUUGCAACCUUCACGAUUACGCAGUUCAUUUGCUGUUUUCUGCAAAUCGUUGGGAAGCUGAGCCACAGAUGGUGACAGAUUUGAUGAAUGGUACGAUUCUUGUUGUGGACAGAUACGCCUUCUCUGGUGUAGCGUAUACUUGCGCGAAGCCGGGAAUGGUUAUUGAAAGGUGUAAACAAACAGACGUCGGUUUACCAAGACCUGAUGUCGCAUUGUACUUGAAAUUAUCUGAAGAAGCUUUCCAAACGCGCCGUUCAGAGCGAUGCAACGAGGAGCGCUACGAACAAAUUGAAAUUCAGCGGAAAGUUAUGAAGAAUUUGGAAGCUCUUUCCGAUCCUACUUAUUGGAAGACCGUCAGUGCCGAUAAAUCCGUUGAGGGGCUGAACGACGAAAUUUACUCCAUCGUGACAGACACGCUGAAGAAGUGCAGAAACACCGACAUACCUCGUUUGUGGGUAGAUUGAUCUGGAGUGGCAACAAGGUUACUUCAGUGAAGUUGUGGUUAUCUGUGCAUCAUUGGCAUAAUCCAGUGUUUUCCAGGUAUUGUUGACACCGUUUUUUACGUACGCGAAUUAUUUUAUAGCGCGCGUCUGACAUUUCAGUGUGAAGUUCGAAAUGCACUUUUUGUAUCUGAUCAUAGGAAACAACUAA